AUGGCAGGCAUUCCAAAACCGGACUUCGCACUCCGGACAGGGAUCUACCCAGCUAUUGACCCAGGGCUCUUUGAAGCCUCUUUGGCCGGAAAAGUUGCACUUGUCACGGGCUCAGGGAGAGGCAUCGGAAGAGAAAUAGCGCUAGCUCUCGGAAAGUCUGGUGCCGCAGUCGCUAUCUCAGCAAGGACUCAAAGCCAAGUUGACCGGACCACGGAAGAAGUGGCUCGUCAAAGCCGGAAAGCAAUCGGCGUUGUUGCAGAUGUCUGCGUUAAAGCAGACCUAGAGCAUCUAGUAAAUGAGGUUACCACUCAUCUAGGUGCUAUCGACAUCCUCAUUUGCAACGCUGGCACAAACACAUUCAUGCCCUUCCACAUGACCGAUUCAGAGGAAUGGUGGCGCCAAAUGGUACUCAUGGUCAAAGGGCCUGUUGAUCUGACGAGGAUGAUCCUGCCUUCAAUGCAGGAGCGCAACUCUGGCAUUAUCAUCUAUACCUCUUCCCGCGCAGCCACGGCCGACCUUCCGUGGACUGCAGCGUACGGAUGCGCGAAAACAAGUAUUACGCGCUUUGCUGGCGUCUUGCAGGCCGAGCUCAAUAUACUUCAAAAGGAAACCUUCAAGUUCUCAGAGAACGGCAUAUCUGUAUUCUCUAUACAUCCUGGUGAAGUCAAGACAAGUCUCCAUGAAGUGGCUUUCCCGGAAAAGACUAAGAAGGAGGCACCGUACGUGGUGGAUAUGAUGGACAAGAUAGCAAAAUCGCAUCCCGAGUUUAAGGCAGAGUUGGCAGCGUGGACGUGUGUUUACCUCUGCUCGGGAAGAGGCAAAGCAUUAGAGGGCCAGCUAGUUGAUUGUACGAGGGAUGUUGAUGGGGUUAAGGCCUUUGUAUCUGCGUCUCCGAGACCACGGGUUGCUAAUGCUUGUAGUUGA